GAUAAUGGCAGGUUCAAGCUCAUUUGAGCCCUGUGAACGCGUCGACGGUCCCCAAGCCUGGCAGGAGUAUCGCCAGGGAGGUGAUCAAGGCAGCGUAGCGGGCCUAGACGGGCAUAAUAGCCCAAAAGAGGGUCUGUUCGAGGACGGAAAUAACCGUCGGCAACGGGGCCUGUUGCAUAAGAAGAGCGCGAGUGAGCAACCGGUUUACCGAUCUCACCAGCGCUCAGGCAGCAGUAGGCGAGAACGACUGCCAUUUUUCGGCAGGAAGGCCACCUCGAAAACGCCGGACGAACAAUCUCCAGUUGAAGCACGUGCCACCAAGGCGGGCGACUCUCUUCGUCGAAGGCGACUCUUCCGUUCGCACACUUACCCUUUUGGUCGUAACUUCCACAGACACUCGCCGCGUACUGGAGGCUCGGACUCCAAGAUUGGUUCGGCUCUUCAGAACCUCUUUUGGCCAGGACGGUCCAAGGAAGAAGAAGAAAGACCGGCACCAUCGAGAUUGACCCUUGCUGACCCGUUCUUAAUCAGCGUGCCUCCCCUUACCAUUGCUCCCUUAUCCACCCACUUCCCCAGUUCCUACGAACAUCGUCGAGCUCAAGUCUUACCGUUUGCACAAGGUGUUUGUGGAUCUCCCACAGGCUACUACUGGGAUCCUUCCUCCCCCCUCUCUCCACCCUUCAUCCACACUCCACCUCAAUUUCCUCCGGUGAAUUUCCAUUCCCCUGGAAACCCUCUCGGUCCUCCCAUCACGCCUGUCUCUCCUACUGAGUGUUUUCCAGCAUUUGAUUGUGAGUCUCCAGGUGCCCAACCUACUCUCCCCUUGGUACCCUUGGACGCUGGGAAUCAUCCUAGUCCCGAGACCUUCAUCCGGCCCCGCCAGCCUUCUAUCUGUCAACAACCAGUUGAUUCCCCCAUUGGCUUACAAGAUCAUCCGCUACCCUCAGAGCAUUCCGAUUCCACCAUGGAUCCCUCACGUGGAUCGCGCUUUCUGGACCCGGCGGUGGCUGCCCUCUCCAAACAUAAGGCCGAAGCCAUAAAGCUUGCUCGUGAACAGGGUGUUGCUGUCCGAGAGAUGUGCCGCAGAGCCAAAACAAACACACCCCCUUAUGAAUUCGAGGAGUUGAUCGGAAAGGGCUCAUACGGACGCGUCUACAAAGGCCACCAGCUUCCCUCCAGUAAGGUCGUUGCCAUCAAGGUGAUGGAUAUUGAUUCUGUGGACUAUCAAACUGUUCGUGACUUCAGAGAUGAGUCAAUCAAGGACUUUAUCCACGAAAUUAGGGUGAUGAAGCAGGUCAAGGAUGCGGGUGCGAGGAACAUCAACGAACUAAUCGAGGCAAUCUCCAUCCACUCACAACUGUGGCUGGUUUGCGAAUACUGCCCUGGUGGUAGUGUUAGAACCUUGAUGCGAGCGACCGGCGACCGGCUUGAGGAAAAGUUUAUCAUCCCUAUCGCUCGAGAGCUUGCUGCUGGGUUACGCGCCAUUCAUGAUGCCGGCGUCAUCCACAGAGAUAUUAAAGCUGCCAAUAUCUUGAUCCACGAGGAGGGAAGGCUGCAAAUUUGUGACUUUGGUGUCGCCGGAGUGCUUCAAUCUCAGAUGGACAAGCGGUCCACUUGGAUUGGGACACCACACUGGAUGCCGCCCGAGAUGUUUGCGACUCGCGGUGAAGCCCACAAGUACGGUAGUGAGAUUGAUGUUUGGGCCUACGGCUGUACCUUGUUUGAAUUUGCCACGGGCAAUCCCCCUAACUCGAAUCUUCGCGAACGUAUGCAGAUCGGCAGACAGAUCACUCGCAACACUCCGAAGCUGGACACCGAUAAAUAUAGCGACGGUCUUAAGAGCAUCGUUUCAUUUGCCCUGGAAUCCAACCCGGUCACUCGCCCUGGUAUGGCAGAUAUAUUGACACACCCUUACGUUGCUGAUACUGAGGACGCAUAUCCUACUGCGUCCCUCAGCGAGCUGGUUCGCAUCUAUUAUCAAUGGUCACAGCGUGGUGGUCAGCGCAUUUCUCUCUUCCACCCUGGAGGUGCUGCUGCAGCAGAAAUCCCCGGCAGUAAACAAGAUUAUGAAGAGGACUGGAACUUUAGUACGACAGAUGGUUUUGAGCGUCGCUUCUCAGUUAUUGAUCUUGACCAACUGGCCGCCUCUCUGGCGGAGAUGGAAGAUCAAAUAAGUCCAACCACGGUGCCUAGCUCGGAUCAUGAAUCAUCUGAGGACGGAUCGGACAAGGACAUGACGCCGGAGGACAAAGCAAACUUUGACGAGCGUGUGCGUCGGGGAGCUGCGGCGAUGGAGGGUCUCUUCGAUGAAGACAAGCCAAGUUACAAGUAUGAAACCAAGAAUGACUUCGUCCCAAUCGAGCCAAAAGCCCCUACGUCGGAUCUUCCGCUUCGCACUGAUACCGAUCGAUCAUCAGUCACCUCGACAUUUAUUGAUAUUGACAUUGGCUCCUUUGAUUCUUCACACUAUGCUGCCGGAGCAACCUCAGCCCAGCCAUUUCAACUUGCCGAUGCGGAUACUAUUCGAGCGAAUCGGACGAGUGGGCGUCAGCACCGGAACUCUGUUGAAGGCCGUUCGCGUUCGUCCAGCAGCGGUGUGAGUAGCAACCGGGGCUCCGAAGAUAUGACAUUCCAGCCCCAGACUGGGCCUCGUCCUCCUACAAUGGACUGGAAGUUUCCUGUGUUCAUGCAACCUCCAACGGAGGAGGCUGAGCCAGCCAGCCCACCAGAACCAGAGACGAAGCCGGCUGAGCCCGACACAUCCGAUAAACGAGCAACUAUGGAAUGGACAUUCCCCGUCAUGACAGCUCCAGCAAAUGAUGGGGGCGCCAGCAGCGACAGCUUUACGGAUGCUAGCCAGUAUGAUACACUGAAGGCACCGAUUGUGGAGAGCCAGCCUUCAGCCACAGUCCGGCGCUCUAGUAUUGGUGAGCCCGGGGACUCCCGGCCAUCUACGUCUCGAUCCGGCGAGUCCAAUGGAUCUGAGACUGACUAUGACCCCUUCCGCUUUGAUCGACCUUCCACACCACCCAGUCAGGCGCCCGCGGACCCAAAAAGUCCUGAAUAUCCCCAGUUGCUGAAUACGUUCAAGUAUCCUAACUACGACCAGUCCAUCAUUAUGGACGGCCCUGGUCCAGAUGAAGAAGAGGAGACGGAUGACGUGUGGCAGAAGCCUUCUGAGAACACGGACGAUCCCUCUUUGUCUGAACCCUUCCCGACCGCAAUCCCCACUAAAAGCGUCGACCUCAGCCUCCCCUUCGUCCCGUCUGCUAGUUCCUCCGUAUCGGACUCCUUACCUACGGCUCGGACCAAUUUUCCUUCGCUCACCACUGACGAUGGAGAGCCGAUCCUGUUCCCCGAGCUCCCUCUGCCUCAGCUUGAGCUCUUCAUGGCUGGUGCGAACGACCACGCGAUAGCUGGGGAGUUGGAUCGACUGUUAGAAAGCUUCAUUGACUCGUUGAAUUCCACCGGACAGGCUCUAUCUAGAGUCAAUCUUGGUCCGGAGGUGAAAGAGGAGGUCAAAGGAGAGGCUGAGUAGGUGGUUAGUCUGUGGCUGGUUUCAGAAAAGAACAUGUCGGACUGCUGGCGUCUUACGGUUUCUGACUGGUAAAAGCACUUGUCGUUGAGGGCUGUUGGGCAUAUUUCGGUGUUCGUGCUGGAUGAUACGGUUGAGCAAAAUGUGAUGUAAAUUGAAUUUCUGCAGUCAU